AUUGUCAGUUGGCUCUUGUAGAAAUGCAACCUUUCUUAGUGCUCGCCAGCGUCGCGGUAGCCACCGCCACUCACGGCUACGGUGGUCUCGGAGGUUACGGGGACCUUGGAGGAUACGGACACGGAUACCAUCACGCCCCCAAAGUCAACUAUGUUGUGAAUAAGGUACACAAGCCCUAUCCCGUCCCACACCCCGUUCCCGUACCCCAUGUGGUGCCCGUGCACAAAGCCGUGCCCGUCUACAAGAGUGUCCCGGUCCCGAAACCGGUGCCGGUCCCUCAUAUAGUGCAUCAGUACUACCCCGUGCACAAAGAGGUCCCUGUUCCCAAGGAGGUCCCUGUGCCAGUCCCGGUGGCCGUCAAGAAACCCUACCCGGUACACCACAUCGUGAAGGUGCCCAAGCCCUACAUCGUGCACGUACCCAAGCCCUACGUCGUCCACAAACCCUACCACGUUCCCGUGGAGGUCAAGAUUCCUCAGCCCUACACUGUUCCAAUCCACAAGCCCUAUCCCGUCCCGGUGAAGAAGGCCUACCCCGUUGAGGUUCCGGUCGUCAAAGAGAUUCCCUACGCCGUUAAGAAGCCCGUCGCUGUCCCAGUCCAUUCGCACGGCCACGGAGACUUCGGAUACUCUGGUGGAUUCGGUGGUUUCAGUGAUCUCGGAGGCGGUCUAGGAAGCUACGGCCACGAGCUCUACAAGAAGGCUAAGGCCUAAGCUCUCCUACACUCUCAUGAGGAAAAAUCUGUAGGGAGGAAUGAAGGAACCAUCCAACCGACCAACUCGUAGAGUUUGCAUGAGAUACGAUGGCGACAAGCGACCAUCAUGUACAAUAAUUAUGUAAUUAAUUAAUAUGGUGUAUAUGAAAAUACUUACAAUUGGGGGUUUGUUGACACAUGGAAGAUAUACCAGCUGGCUUUUGCGAUAAAUCAG